AUGGCGGUGGAGGGAUGUCGUGAGCACGUUGCUCGCUCCCAGCACGUAACGGAGUUCGGCGCGGCUGUCCUCGUGCCGCUCGCUGGGCGGAAACCCCCAGGAGCACAGCGGGCCAGGGAACCAGACAUGAAGUCACCUAUUUCAGCACCGGGCUUUGAGUCCUCAUCCCAGCCGUCUUGUCUAGAAGAGCUUUGCAGGGAGCGAGGACCGGCAGGAGCAAAGCUCUCGACGCUGGAAGCCAGUCUGGCCUCGUCCCCUUGGGGCUGCUGUUCGAGGGUGGCCAGGGUCCUGCUGAGGCCUUGGCCGUACACCAUCUUCCAGCGCGGCUUCGACUUGGUGCUGGGCGAGCAGCCAUCCGACAAGAUUUUUCGGUUCACCUACACGCUGGGGGAAGGCAUGUGGCUGCCGCUGAGCAAGAGCUUCGUCAUCCCGCCGGCCGAGCUGGCCAUCAACCCCUCGGCCAAGUGCAAGACUGACAUGACGGUGAUGGAGGAUGCGGUGGAGGUCAGGGAAGAGCUGAUGACCUCCUCCUCCUUCGACAGCCUGGAAGUCCUCCUCGACUCCUUCGGCCCCGUCCGUGACUGCUCCCGGGACAACGGCGGCUGCAGCAAGAAUUUCCGCUGCAUCUCGGAUCGCAAGCUGGACUCGACGGGCUGCGUGUGCCCAACAGGACUGAGCCCCAUGAAGGAUGGCACAGGCUGCUACGAUCGUCAUGUCGGCGUGGACUGCUCGGAUGGCUUCAACGGGGGCUGUGAGCAGCUGUGCCUGCAGCAGAUGGUCCCCCUGCCUGAGGAGCCCCUGCUCUACAACAUCCUCAUGUUCUGCGGGUGCAUCGAGGACUACAAGCUGGGCACGGACGGGCGGUCAUGCCAGCUCAUCUCAGAGUCAUGCCCUGAGGCGGGGGACUGUGGCGAGCCCCGUGAGCUGCCCAUGAACCAGACGCUCUUUGGGGAGAUCUUCUACGGCUACAACAACCACUCCAAGGAGGUGGCCGUGGGGCAGGUGCUCAAAGGGACGUUCAGGCAGAACAACUUUGCCCGGGGCCUGGAGCAGCAGCUGCCGGAUGGGCUGGUGGUGGCCACGGUGCCCCUGGAGAACCAGUGCCAAGAGGAGCUCUCCGACCCCACACCCGACCCCGAGUUCCUCACCGGGAUGGUCAACUUUAGCGAGGUGUCCGGGUACCCCCUCUUGCAGCACUGGAAGGUGCAGUCCAUCAUGUACCAUGUCCGGCUCAACCAGCUGACCAUCUCCCAGUCCUUCAGCAACGCGCUCCACUCUCUAGACGGGGCCACCUCCCGCGGAGAUUUCGUGGCACUGCUGGACCAGUUUGGCAACCACUAUAUCCAGGAGGCAGUGUACGGCUUCGAGGAGUCCUGCUCCAUCUGGUAUCCCAACAGGCAGGUCCAGCGGCAGCUCUGGCUGGAGUAUGAGGACAUCAGCAAAGGUAGGAACCCCACUCGUCCUCAGGAAAGGUCCCCACAGCCACCCCAUAGGAGCGGGAAGCUGGGUUUGCUUUCAACAUAG